AUGCCUGAGCCAAAGUCUGUUGUCAAAGUGGUUCAGUUUAACAACCUCCCAGAACUGUCUUACAUGACUGCGCUCCCAAACAGCAAGCAUCCGCCUCCAAAAAUGACCAACCCAGCCAUCCAGAAUGACUUCAGCUACUACAGAAGGACCCUGAGCCGCAUGCGUAUCAUCAACCAAACAGCAGAAGAGCAUAAUGAAGUUGACAACGAACUGGCCAAUCGCAUGUCUCUCUUCUACGCCAAUGCCACGCCCAUGCUGAAAACAUUAAGCGAUGCCACAACUAAAUUUGUAUCAAAGCAUGCAGAACUGCCCGUAGAGAACACAACAGAUUGUCUGAGUACGAUGGCAAGUGUGUGUAAAGUCAUGUUAGAGACACCGGAGUACCGCAGUCGUUUUGCCAGUGAGGACACAGUAUUAUUCUGUCUGCGUGUGAUGGUGGGGGUGAUCAUCUUAUACGACUAUGUCCAUCCAGCUGGAGCUUUCGUAAAAUCCUCUAAAAUCGAUGUAUGCCUUAUUCUGCUUUCUUAUCCUUUUA